UUUGUUGGCGUGUCAAUCCGCAUUCCUCUCUUAGCUCUCGCCUUGUUUGUUAUCUCAAUCGCACAGAAUGGGUGUUCCUUUUGAGGCUCUGAUCCCCUAUGGGAUCAUCGUCGGCAUGUUUGGCCUGACCGGCGCUGGUCUUACUGCUGUCAAGUGGCUCGGGAAUGAUGGAAAGAAGGCCCGCUGGAACCGGGAUCUGUGGGACAGAGUAAUGAUGGAGAGAGAUUUGAGAAUCACAGGAUCCUUGAGAGGCCAAUCAGGCAACGCAGAAGCCCCGAAGGGAUUCGAGCUUAGCAACCCAUGGAAGCUGGAAAAACGGAUCUUCUAAGCCACUCCGACUUGUCACAACCUAUGUCAUUUAUAUUGCCUAUUUGCUCGCCUGCCACUUUUCAAUAAAUACCAUGCAAUGAUUAGAAGAAGCCUUCUUGUAUCAUAUUACCAGGCCAGCAAAAAGCGGCAGGGUAGUCGCGAAC